AGAAGCCAACCGGUAGGCUAACAAAUAAAGAGGUUAUCAUUCACAACAGGGGGGAGUUAUAAACUUUACGCGAAGCGAAUUGUACUGGAGGAGUCCCCCUUUUAGGCUCCCCCUUUAUGUCACCGCCAUCUUUGCGAUGAGAUAUGCCCUUGCAUGGCAACUCGCAUACGCACGUACAGCUACGAAGGAGGACCAAUGCACAGCAGGAGGAUUCCCCCUCACCUCUUCACCAUUAAUAGAACAGUUCAUCCGAGUGAAAUAGAAUAACCCCCCAUUCGCGCCGCUCUCACGGAGAGUAUACAUCCCUGCUUACGUUCCCCCGUGCAACGCUGCGAGUGGGUAACGAAGAAGAAAAGGGGAAAAACCUCCUCGAAAGUCCUGCCCCCCUCCUCCUCCCCCAUUCGAACGAUCACCCCAUGGGCCUAAUUAGCGCGAUUAAGAACAGUAUAGAGCGCACCUACGUGUGUGUCCGGAGGAAUCACAUGGACUUCCACGGCCAGAAGCUCGCAUUCCUAAUCAAAAACGUCGUCUUCACCAUCAGCACGGUAGUCUCCAUUGCAGUCGGUUAUUACAAGCAGAACUUAGCCUUGAGUGCCUACAUCAUUUUGGGCGGCACCGCCUUGUCAGCACUGGUAGGGACGGGGGAGAGCGGUCACAGCUACGGUUGUCACGCGGGACCCACGUGUGUGCACAGCCACAGAGGGGGUUGCUCAAAUUGGCCCCCGCAAAAGGGAGCAGCUUUGAAUGCCCCCUUGAGUUUCUCAAUGACCACCCACUGACCACCCCCUGCAGCUAAUCAUGCCCACGUGGCCCAUAUACAACAAGCACAACAUUCAGUGGGAAAGUUC